CAGCAGAACCGCGAGAGUCUACUGGGGAAGAAUGAAAAAAAGUUUGGAUGAUGGGCUGAUGCCCUAGUUGAGUAGCAGGAUAAAGUUUCUACAGAAUUUUCUUUCAUCUGUCUCAAGAAAACCUGCAGACUAGUCAAGCUGGCGAUGUCAAGGGUACCAAGUCCACCACCCCCGGCUGAAAUGUCAAGUGGGCCUGUGGCAGAGAGCUGGUGCUAUACACAGAUAAAAGUAGUGAAGUUCUCCUAUAUGUGGACUAUCAACAACUUCAGUUUCUGCCGAGAAGAAAUGGGAGAAGUUAUCAAGAGCUCAACUUUCUCAUCUGGAGCAAAUGAUAAAUUAAAGUGGUGCCUCCGAGUGAACCCUAAGGGUUUAGAUGAGGAAAGUAAAGAUUACCUAUCACUCUACCUGCUGCUAGUCAGCUGUCCAAAAAGUGAAGUCAGAGCAAAAUUUAAAUUCUCCAUUCUGAACGCAAAAGGUGAAGAAACUAAGGCAAUGGAGAGUCAGCGAGCUUAUCGGUUUGUACAAGGAAAAGACUGGGGUUUCAAGAAAUUUAUUAGAAGAGAUUUCCUACUAGAUGAAGCCAAUGGGCUCCUUCCUGAUGACAAACUUACGUUGUUCUGUGAAGUUAGCGUGGUCCAGGAUUCAGUGAAUAUAUCUGGCCAGAACACCAUGAAUAUGGUGAAAGUUCCUGAAUGCCGGUUAGCAGAUGAACUUGGAGGAUUAUGGGAGAAUUCUAGGUUUACAGAUUGUUGCCUUUGUGUAGCUGGCCAAGAGUUUCAAGCGCAUAAAGCAAUUCUUGCAGCUCGUUCCCCAGUCUUCAGUGCUAUGUUUGAGCAUGAAAUGGAAGAAAGCAAGAAGAACCGAGUGGAAAUUAAUGAUGUGGAACCUGAAGUCUUUAAGGAGAUGAUGUGCUUUAUUUAUACGGGGAAGGCGCCAAAUCUUGACAAAAUGGCAGAUGACUUACUUGCAGCUGCUGAUAAGUACGCCCUGGAGCGCUUAAAAGUGAUGUGUGAGGAUGCUCUUUGCAGCAAUUUGUCUGUAGAAAAUGCAGCAGAAAUUUUAAUUCUGGCAGAUCUACACAGUGCAGAUCAACUCAAGACUCAAGCUGUAGACUUCAUAAACUACCAUGCAUCUGACGUAAUGGAAACAUCUGGCUGGAAAUCUAUGGUUUUGUCCCAUCCUCAUCUGGUGGCUGAAGCUUACCGGUCACUAGCAUCAGCUCAAUGCCCUUUCCUUGGUCCUCCCCGCAAACGGCUCAAGCAAUCCUAAAGUGACAUUUAGAAAAUGGAGCGCAUCAUUUUAACAGCACUGACCCGAUCACAGUGUUGCACAAUGCAAUGUAUGAAGCUUUCUGACGCGCUUCCCACCGUGGGAAGGACCGUGCUUGGUGUGCUAAUGACCUUUCUGCACUAAGCACUUUGGGGAGAAAAACAAACCACAAACUUUUGCUGCAUUGUCUUGUGCCCCCUAGACCUGGCUGAACGGAUUCCCGCUGUUUUUUUUAACGGAUGUUUUUAGAUGUUGGCUCAGAAGCUUUCAUUAU